AUGUCUGCUGUUCCAGGCCCCGUCUACGGACUCGAGGUCCCUCCUGGCGAGAUCCUGAUCCCAGCCUCAAUGGACUUCCCUGCUUCCUUCCGUAUCACCAUGGCUGCUGUGGAUCCUACUGAAGAGCCUGAGGCUGAUGCUGAGGGCAAGAUCCCCGACGUCCCUCGAUCUACCCUGCGCCUGGUCAAGACCGCCUUCCCUGGUCUUGAGGAUGACGACGAGGAUGACGAGAUUGACGAGGAGAGCCUUCGGGAACUCAUCGCCAAUGCCAACGAGAGCGACGAUGAUGAGGAUGAUGAGGAGGCCAACGGCGGACCCAGCGACCCUGCCAAGGUCAAGAAGCAGAAGCAGGCCGCUGCUAUCAAGAAGCUCCUUGAGGCCACCCAGGACGAUGAUGAGGAGAUGGAGGAUGCCAAGCCCAAUGGCAAGUCAAAGGGUAAGGGCAAGGCCGUCAAGGAGGAAGACUCCGAGGAGGAGGACUCUGAGGAUGACGACUCCGAGGAUGGCGGUGACCUUGAGAACUUUGUCAUCUGCACUCUCGACACAUCUAAGAACUACCAACAGCCUCUCGACAUCACUGUCAACCACGGCGAGAAGGUAUUUUUCCUUGUUACCGGUACUCACACCGUUUAUCUUACUGGUAACUACCUCCUUCCUGAUGACGAUGAGGACGAUGAGGACGAGGACGACUACGACCUCUCUCCUGAUGAGCUCGAGUACGCCCUGGGUGGGGAGAUGAGCGAGGAUGAGAGCGACGAUCUCGAUGACAUUGAUGACCCCCGUAUCACUGAGGUCGACAGCGAGGAGGAGGCCCCCAAGUUGGUUGAGACCAAGAAGGGCAAGAACAAGCGCGCUGCCGAGUCCCUGGACGAGCAGAUCGCCCAGGCUGACGAGGCUAAGCUCUCCAAGAAGCAGCAGAAGAAGCUCAAGAACAACAAAGGCGAGGCCAUUGCUGCUGAAGAAAGCAAGGCCGAUAAGAAGGUCCAGUUCGCUAAGAACCUUGAGCAGGGUCCUACUGGCUCUACCGCCAAGAAGGCCGAGACUGGUGUUAAGGUUGUUCGCGGUGUGACUGUUGAUGACCGCAAGAUCGGCAAGGGCCGCGCCGUCAAGGAGGGCGACACUGUUGGUGUCCGCUACAUCGGCAAGCUUGAGAACGGACAAGUCUUUGAUGCCAACAAGAAGGGUAAGCCCUUUGCUUUCAAGGCUGGAAAGGGCGAGGUCAUCAAGGGCUGGGAUAUCGGUGUCGUCGGUAUGGCCGUUGGCGGUGAGCGACGACUGACGAUUCCUGCCAAGCUUGCUUACGGUUCCAAGAGCCUGCCUGGUAUCCCUGGCAACAGCACACUCGUCUUCGACGUGAAGCUCCUUGAGAUCAAGUAA